GCGGAGAUGUUCAACGACGAAAGGAGCUGGCUCAACCGAGUCUGGACGAUGCAGGAGACUACCUCCAACUGGCUCCUCGGAGGGCUGGUGCCUGAGGAGUUCAUGGUUCGGAAGGAGGACUUGGACUUGCCGACACAGUUCCACGACGGGGUUUGCAGUCUGCUGCAGGUGCUGGCGCGGGACCCACCAGACUUGUUUGCCUUAGCCAAAGUCUUACGAAGCCGGCGCGGUACUCACCAUAUCGACCAAGUCAGCGCGUUGGGACUCCUCUUGAAGUGUCCCGCUCUACCGAUCUACGACACGAAGCAGCGCUGCGAAGACGGUUGGGGCCAGCUCGUGCAGCAGAUGUCGCACAAACACCGGACUGACCUCCUUGUCAACUGCCCUGUGGUCGGCAACGCUCCGGGAACUAAAUGGUGCCCUUCGUGGUCUCAACUCAUGCUGGGGAAGACGAUACCCUCGGAGACCACUGUCAUCAACUAUUCCGAAGGCGAGCUGCUCAACUGUAGCCCGAUAUCUCACGAUCCCUCGGUCAACCUUGGAGUUGUUUACUGGAACUACGCAUACGUCAUCGAGAGCUGCGAGUUUUCCAUUGAAGACGGUCGCAUACACAUGCAUGUUCUCCUUGGCCCAGCCUCUCAGUCGCAAUUUGCCACCGACAGCUACAAGACGCAGCCUUUCCUUGUCGAGUUCUCCGGAGCGAACCCGCUUUUCGAUCCUGACUUUUACUACGCCGCAGCCGGAAUGGCGAAUCUGGAGUAUUGGGUACUGGGAAAGAUCUCUGGUCACGGUCGGAACAUGGGGUAUGUCCAGUUCGAGAAGAGAUCUACCUUCCGGAUUCCAUGUGCCAGGGAGAGGGAACGACUUUGGCACCUGAACCCCAGCUACUCUGACACUCCGAUACGCUAUCUCUGAUCAGAAGCGAAUACGGUGAGCACUCGAUCAUUACUGUUCUGCAGACGUUCCCAGAUUGAUGGCGUGCUGUAUAAUAAGCAGGAACGGAUGAUGCAGAUGCGCAGUUGGUCCGAUAUUUUAAUAUGCAGAAGGUUUUGUUGCGGGCCACAAGUCCGCUCGCAUGGCUGAUGUUGAUGAUCGUUGGUCCAGCUGUAUUAUCGUUAACAGUAACGCGACAGGCAGAUGUACUUAUACUAGUAGUACUGUAGAUUUUUCGGCGAUGUCUACUACUGCACAGAAUGUCAUGUGAACUCGGGAUAUUUCAGGCGUACUAGUGUGAAUCAUCCUUGGAUGUCGUCGGCUACAA